AGGAUCGCUUGCAGGGACCACGCAAACUGAAACCUCCAGAGAGGUCGUCUUCUCAAGAGUGCUUGGGCUCUAAUUUUGAGAACUAUGACAGGGAAAGACCUCCUCCAUUGGCACCUGCUGGCUUUAUUUCUCCUCCCUUUUUGCCUGGGUCAAGAUGAAUACAUGGAGGUGAGCGGAAGAGCUAAUAAAGCGGUGGCAAGAAUAGUGCAAAGCCACCACCAGACUGGCAGGAGGGAAAAAGUGAGAGAGCGGAGCCAUCCUAUAGCGGGGACUGUGGAUAAUAACACGUCUCCAGAUCCAAAGUCCCUGAGGCCAGAGGUUCUGUCGCACCCCGAGUUAAAUGACCUGGCCCAGAUCACCUCAUACAGGGUCCAGACAUCUCAAACUGGAGCACUCCCACCUGACUGCAGCAAGUGUUGUCAUGGAGAUUUUGGUUACCGAGGCUAUCAAGGCCCUCCUGGACCACCUGGCCCCCCUGGAAUCCCAGGAAAUCAUGGAAACAAUGGCAACAAUGGAGCCACUGGGCAUGAUGGAGCCAAAGGUGAGAAAGGAGACAAGGGAGAUCUAGGCCCCCGAGGAGAGAGAGGACAGCAUGGUCCUAAAGGAGAGAAGGGGUAUCCUGGCAUUCCUCCUGAACUGCAGAUUGCCUUCAUGGCAUCCAUGGCUACUCACUUCAGCAACCAAAACAGUGGAAUAAUCUUCAGCAGUGUGGAAACCAACAUUGGAAACUUCUUUGAUGUCAUGACUGGGAGAUUUGGGGCCCCAGUGACAGGGGUCUAUUUCUUUACCUUUAGCAUGAUGAAACAUGAAGAUGUGGAAGAAGUGUAUGUGUAUCUGAUGCACAACGGCAAUACAGUCUUCAGCAUGUACAGCUAUGAAUCAAAAGGAAAAUCAGAUACAUCAAGCAAUACUGCAGUGCUGAAACUGGCCAAGGGGGAUGAGGUUUGGCUACGGAUGGGGAAUGGGGCACUACAUGGAGAUCACCAGCGCUUCUCUACAUUUGCAGGCUUCCUGCUCUUUGAAACUAAGUAAAAAAAAAAAGAAGAAGAAGAAGAAGAAGAAACAGAAGAAGAAGAAGAAGAAAAAGAAAAAGAAAAAAAAGCAUCUGCAUUGGGGGGUGGGGAAGUUUCAUUUUCCAUGGGUGAUAAUUCUUAUGAUAUUUCUUAUGGUCUAAGGAAGAUUUGAGAAUUGUGGAAUAACAUGUCAGGAUCAACAGAACUAGUUCUGAUGCUUUACACAGACAAGCAUCGUCACAGGCAGGCAACCCUUUGGGGGGCCAUUAUAGAUUUAGAGACUCAGGAUGAUAAAGCCUGCCUAUAAAAGUCACCAAAGACUUUAGCCUAGGCUAAAAUGCUCAGUAUCUUAAAUCAUAUUCCACCAAACACCUGAAAGGGAAUUCAUUUUGGCCAGGGAUGAGGGGUGGGGGGCAGAGAGGACUGUUUAAAAGUUUUUUGGCAAGAGUUUUAAGGAUCAUUCCAUAUCAUCUGAGGCCUUCACACUGAUCAUUUCAAUAUAAGCCAAUGCUUGCCACAGCCAUAUACAGAUACUUGCCUAGACAAACUGGUCCUAAGUAAGCUCCUGGUGAAAGGACAGAGAAAUCAGAAAGUCCCUAAGGAUUAGCUCCUUGGAAGAUUCAACAUCAAGGUAUAAGUUGCUCUUGUGAGAGCCCAUACAGACUGUGAAUUCAGCUUGAAAUCAUUUCAGAGCACAGCAGGUUUCUCUUAAGAAUUAAUCAAUCAAUAACCAUACUAUGUGCCAGGCAUUGUGCUCAGUGAUACAAAGAAAAAAUGAAGCAAUUAUGGAAAAAUGAAUUUAAAUGUAAAUUAAGGAAGAAAUGGCAAGAGCUUUAGGGUUCUGUUGAAGAUGGGGCCCAGCUCUUCAAAGGUCCAGGUCCUGGCACAUGGAAGCUCAACCAUCCAUUCUCAUGAAACAAUAGCAUAGUCUAACACUGAAGAGAGAAAUCUUUAUGAUCUAGCAUUUAUACAAGAGUUGGGGGUACAAGUGCUGAGGAAGAGAUUUGUCAUGUUCCAGUGACUUCUAGAAACAGAGUCCAGGAAGUUGUUUGAGUUACUGAAAGUCUAGAUUCCAUAUCAUCCCUUGACUUUUUUAAAGGUCUAAGGUGAGAUAGAAGAUGGCAACAACGGAAAUGAAACUGUGUGAGAACAAACGAUUCAAUUGUAGAAGAAAGAGCAGGAGCUUGGUAUUGAUGGGGGUUGGAGCUAAAUAGGAAGCACCAAGGUUCUCAGGACCUACAUGCCAGGCCAUUUGGCAGAUUCAGGGAAGGUCCAUCAGGAAGUGACUUUCUGAUCUUGUGGACUGCAAAUCAAUGAAUAUAGCACAGUUGUUUAAGAGUCUUAAACUUUUUUAACCUUACAUUCUUCAUUUGUAACACAAGGGGAUUGAAAUGGAUGGCAUUUGGAAUCCCUUCUAGCCCUAUAGCUACAAUUCUAAGAAGAUAAUUUAAGGUAGCUUUUAUUGGACUCUUAAUGUAGCAAUAUUCUUCUAAAAUAUUCUCAAGGCCUCAUAAUUAUUCAAUUUCUAUCUUGUCUUUAAAUAUGUUUUUCUUUACAUUUUUAUUGAUAUCUUUUGUUUUAACUUCCUUUAUUUCCAACUAGAUAUCUCCCUCUUCUUCCACACAUUGAGCCAAAUUUUAUAACAAAAAAAGAGAAAAAGUUGAUCAAAACUAACCCAAUUUCCCUUUAAAAAUUAAAAAAGUACAAAGAACAUUUUCUAGGCCAAAAUUAUGCUUCUCUAUUGGGUUGUAAUUUUUAAAAAGGAUCUUUACAUGAUCCAAACUUAGGUCCAUCAUAUAAUAUUUCUGAUGUUUGAUUCUUUAGUCUUAGUGCUGGGGUUUGGAAUCCUUCCAAAGAAAUUUUUUGAGGGUUAAGAAUAGACACUAGGUGAUUCUAGUCUAAGGAGUCACAUGAAAGAAGCAAGAUUCCAAACAUCCAAUCUCUAGAUACCGUAGGUAACAAAUAAUACUCAAAUUUUUUUUUUCUUCUUACAAAAUCACUCUGAUAACCACUGCCAAUUUAUAUCCCUUCCAAACAAUUAUUCCAGGGUCUUUAAGCACAUAAAAUGAAACUAAACAAGUUAGCCUAAUAAAACCUAAUUUCAAUUGCAUUUUAGAUGAAAAGGAAAAUGAAAUAUGACUGUAAGAUAGAGAAACAAUUAAAGAACAAAACAAAACAAAGACCUCACUUUACCAGAACCAUAAAUGUAUGGAAUGCUUUGGGGAGACCUUCUACUGAUUACAACAAUGCCUCCAGAGAUCACAUAAUUUCUGUAUCUUCUUUGUAGAACUUGUUUUAAGAGAGAGUUUAUGAGAAAUCAAUUAACCUUCCCAUUUUAUAAUCAAGGCUAGAUUUCUUUUUAACCUUAGAAGGAUAUUCCCUACCUUUCUAUUACCCAGCUUGAUUCCCUAUUUCUUUUCAUUAAAUUGGACACCAAAUGGCUUUUGUAUUCUGGAAAUCAUACAUCUACAAUGAAAGUAUUUCUAUCUGCUUUCAAGAGUAUUCAAGAAAUUGUCACAGAUUUUAAAAGCAAUGUCUAAGAGAUUCUCUGAUGAUCUGAGGAAGAGCAGCAUAGAACUGGGUUUAAAAGGGACUAUUUUGAAAGGAGUAAUUGUUAUUUACAUUUACAAGUUCUGGUUUUUUUAAGUCAAUCACAUAAAGUAGCAGUCAUAACUUGUGCUGUGAAUGCUUUAAAACAACUAAUGGGCUGGGCAUAAUGAUGUAUCCCUGAUGCUAGGGAGGCAGAGGCUUCUUCAUCGCUUGAACUCAGGAAUUCUGAGUUACAGUGGGCUAAGCCAAUAAGAUGUCUAAAUUAAAUUUCAUACCAAUAUGGUGAGUCUCCAGGCUACCAAAGGAAUGGUAAACAAGUCAAGGUAAAAAAAAAUAGGUCAAAGCUCUUAGGUCAUCAAGAUUGGUACUGGGAUUUGAGUGGCCACAACACUUCUAGCCUUGAUUAUAUAUGGAGAUUUAGCCUAACAAAUAAUAAUAAUGAGGAAAAAAAUUUUUAGGGAUCAGAAGGAAGGAAUGGAUAGAUGAGUACUACGGAAAUACAGCAUCACAGAAUUUGAGUUGGAAGGGGCCUUAGCAGCCACCUAGUUGAAUCUGUACCAGAAAGGGAAUCCUCCCACUACAGUAACCAAGAUAAAACCUGGAAGGAUGGUUUGAAAACUGUCCUCUAGUAAACACACACAUAUUUGAGUUACCUCAUAAUUAUUCUUCAGGCUUGGUCAUAGUAUACAAUUGCUACCCCACUGAGCUCAUUCCAAGAAUUGUCAACAAAGAGAAUAAUAGCAAUUCUCCUCUUGUUCCUCAUUUCACUUGAUAUAUAUAUUCUUGAAAAUCUCCACAUAAAUGAGUUGUCAAAUUGAAUAGAAAUUUAAAUUCAUUAGAAAUCUUAGGAGUCAUUGAGUGAAUGAAUUUCUUUUUAAAGUGAAAAACCAGAACUGGAUUUUUUUUUUUUAAAUCAGAAUGUGCUUUUAUUCCCUACUGGGAGGAACCAAAGUUGGAUUUCCCAAGAUGUGGCUUUGAAACCAAUAGCUCCAUGAACAUGCUAUCUAGGACCAGAGGACCACAUCAAGACUAUCCUAGUAAACUUCCUAAUAUCAUUUUCUAUGUUAUGCCCUUUGAGUUUCCAGAUAGACUUACUAAAAUGCUUUUUAAAUCUUUCCUUUGACGCAUAAAAAUGUGCAUGCUCUUUUUUCAUCUAUAUAUGGUGAUUUUAAAAGUGAAGCCAUACUAGCCAUAAUAUACUUGACAUAAUAUUUUUGUGAAUUUUUCUAUACCAAUAUUAUAGAAAAAUUUCUUGUGAAUUUAUUGUCAAUGAGUAGUGAGAAGCUCUACAGAGCUCCAACGAAAUUUCACAGCCACAAAGUAUAUUGCAUUAUGAAUAAAAUGUCUUACUGGCAUUUCAAGUUGCCUCCAAAAAAACCUCUGAAGCACAUUCAUGAUAAAUUUGGGCUACAAAUGUUAUGAGUCAAUAAUAUAUAGCAAUGCAUGUCAAGUAAAUAUGUAUCACUGUUUCAUUUUUGUUAAAUGUACUAUUUCUUGAUAUUCUAAAUAAA